GCGGCAGUUAACGAAUGAGUAAAUAAAGAGAAGCUUCAAGAUGGCGGACUCUCUGAGCUCCGUCCCGCUCGGCGGAGCAACCCUCAUCAAAAGCCCGCUCCCAAAGCCGUCCGAGGCGAAGAGUGCCCCCGACAACUGCUCUCAGUCUUCCCGGGACGUCACCGCACCGCCGCCCAAGAAGCUCCGAGCCGAAGAGAGGAGCGUAAAACCAAAGAAAGUCUGCCGGGAUGGAGAGCUGCUGGGAGGACACUGUAACGGCAGACAGAAACUCCAGCAGCCGACGAAGCAGGCGAGUCCCGCGGGCUUGUGGAGCUUCAACCCGGCCGGUGCGGGGAGCCCAACACCGACGAAUGCCCACAAAAUGUUCCAGCAGAGCAACUUCUUCCUCCAUAAGGCGCCUUCGUCUGCUAGGGCGAAGAAGCCCAGCAAGGAUAUAGAAGGAGUUAAAAGCAGCGCAGAAGUGAAAAAGAAACUGUUCUUCACCGCCGGGAGUAACGCUCACAGCGAUAUUACCCGAUUUAAGCACAUUUCUACGCUCAAAAGACCCAAUGGAGAUGUUAGAUUGCCACCAAAAGGUCUACCGCUGCCCGGCAAAGAAAAGGUGGAAGGGCAAAACAGAGAGGAGCGCGAGGAGAAGAAGAAGAAGAAGAAGAAGCAGCAGCACAAAGCGAUGAACGACAUCAAGAGGGAGAAUGGGGAAGUCAAGACACCUAUUAAAGAUGGUGAAGUCAAAGCCAAGAUCAACUCAGAGCUGCAAAUCAAAAAAGUCAAGAAGAAAAAGAAGAAGAAACACAAAGAGGGCGAGAAGCACAAGCGAGUGAAGAUGUACCACCGCUCGUGUCAAACCAUUUGUGCCGGCCUGCUUCUUCUCCCCUCUCCUCCUUCCCCUCCGCUUGCCAAUUCCUCCGACGCCGUGUCUCCGUUCAAGUCACCACUGCCCGUUCACCCUAACAACAAAAACCCACGCGUCCACCCUUCUCCUAUUGCCACAUUGGCCAACUCCACAUUGCACAAGAUCUCCCAUACUACUUCAGACAAGCCCCCGGCACGCUGCAUCCAUCCUGGCAUGGCGGGCCUGGAGUUUGCACCUUACAUCCACAUUGAGUGUCAACCUAACGGAGGGGCUCUGGUGGCCCAUGCAUAUGCCUCGCAGCUCUCCUCGCUCUCCACGAGCCAGCGGCAGAGGUUCGCCCAGGAGUUUGUCACCCUGGCUUUCAGCGAGGACUCGUCGCAGGCUGCUCAUUAUGUCAUGGGCAUCAUCCACGGAGAGGCUGCCCACCUCCCAGACUUCCUGGAGUACUUUUCCACCAAGUUCCCAUCAGCGCCAGUCAAAAAAGAGAUUCUUGGAAAGAAGGACAUAGAAACAACCACCAUGGCUAAUUUCUACUCUCAGGUGCAGAGAACCUACAGUCACGGCACUUACCGAGCGGGUGCUAUGCGACAGAUCAGCCUGGUGGGAGCUGUGGAUGAGGAGGUGGGGAACUUCUUCCCAGAGUUCCUCAGCAUGCUGGAGUCGUCGCCGUUCCUCAAGCUGACUCUGCCGUGGGGGACGUUAUCCAGUCUAAGCGGGAUGAGUCCUGAUGAGAGCGAUGACGGGCCCAUCAUGUGGGUCAGACCAGGAGAGCAGAUGAUACCUAUAGCCGACAUACCAAAGUCACCUUUUAAAAGAAAACGCUCCACCAACGAGGUGAAGAACCUCCUGCAGUCGCUGCCCAGGACCAGCGAGCCCAGAGAGUUGCUGUUUGAGGACAGGACGCCAGCGCACGCUGACCACAUCGGCCAAGGUUUCGAGCGUCAGACCACGGCGGCGGUGGGCGUGCUGAAGUCUGUGUGCUUCAAAGAAGGCUCAGAGCCUCCUCGUGUAACCAAAGACGUUGUGUGCUUCCAUGCUGCUGAGUUCCCAUGUGUGGUUCAGCGGCUGCAGUUGGAUCUUUAUGAACCUCCACUCUCUCAGUGUGUGCAGUGGGUGGACGACGCCAAGCUGAACCAACUGCGUCGCGAGGGCAUCCGCUAUGCCCGCAUUCGCCUGUGCCACGACGACGUCUAUUUCAUCCCGCGUAACGUCGUUCACCAGUUCAAGACGAUGUCGGCCGUCUGCAGCCUGGCCUGGCACGUCCGCUUGAGGCAGUAUCACCAAGAUGUGAAGCAGGAGGAGGAAGAUAAGGAGCAUGAAGAAGGAGCUAAGGAAACAAUAGAGGAAGAAGGCAGGAAUAGGACGUUUCCAGGUGUAGAUAGCCAGCAUCAGUCAACACUUUUGUGUCGCUCAGAGGACAACAAGAAGCAGAAAGAUGAACAAAGUCCUCAGAUUGACGUCAAGACAGAACUUUGUAAAACAAACAAAUGCUCUUCACCUCCAGCAAAUCAUCAUCACUUCCCUCCUCAUCCAGCAGAGAGCAGCAUUGCCUCACCUUCCAGUUUAUGCUCUUCAUCAGCUACUCGCAAUCCCUCCUCUUCCUCUUCACUGCCAAGUCCCAAACCUCUUUCCCCAGAUUCUGCAUCUUCCAGAUCGGUCCGCUCCCCUCCGCAGGAUAAAGACUUGCCCCGCCUUCUUCCAGACAGGUGGACAUUGAUGCCUUCAGAGGUUCACGCCCCCAUCAGUUCCCAUGGCAACAUGCGGACGCUGGCAGAAGAAUGGACUCAUGGCACCCAGACAAACGCCAGGACCUUUACGCCAUUGCAAUACACACACCCUCCUCCUCUUCCUCUUCAUCUACCUCCUCCUCACAUGCUCCCACCCUCCUUCUCCCCCUUGCUCCCCCAACCUCUGCCCCACUUCCUCAGUCAGGCGCAUCAUCACAUCAACCAGCUGCACCUGGAUCCCUGCAGCCAAUCACAGCCAUUCUACCCCCACAGCCAACCCCCACCACUCCCCCAUCACCCCCACCACCAGUUCCACCCGCAUGCCAAGCCCUUCUACGCCUCGCCCUUCCCAUUCCUCCCCUCCCAGACAAUCCCUCAUCACCCGCCCGCCUCUUUCCCGCCUCAGUACCAGCCCUGCGCUCCUCCACCCGCCAUUACACACCCGCCGCCUCACACCUUCCCUCCACCUCCCCCUCCGCCGCCCGCCUCGGCGCAGUCUCCGCCUCCCCCGCCACCGCCGCCGCCACCCCCCCUACCACCAGCUCCUCCAAAGUGUGAAGAGUAACUGAGUUUGUAGUUUCUGGAUUUUAAAUAUAAUGUACAGCUUUUAUUUUGGUUGUUGUACAAAAACAGUAAUUUAACACAAUUUUUAAGUGGUUCUGUUUUCAUGUACAGCUCACAGAAAGUGGAAGACUUAAUAACAGAAUUGUAUAAUGAAUAGAUUUUAUUUAUGCAUCUUUCAAAGCUGCUGAUGAGUCAGCAAAGUUGUCAUCUGAAGUUUAAAAGUGAAAAGUUGGGGAAAAAAAGAAUCAGGUAGAAUCCUAAAUUGUAAUGGAUGAGUCCUGCACACACUUUCCAAAUUUGAGACUAGUUUGUGUGCUGCUUCCAAAACAUGGAAUGUUUCUUCCUGUGUCUUUCUAGUGCCUGCCCUCACUGCUCACCAAAUCUUUCUUUACUGCACACGUUUUCGUCCUUUCAUCUACUUUUCCCUACUGGACAUUAAAACCAAAGCCUUAAAGAAAUCAGCAGCUUUUCUGGAGAACUUACCAGAAACCAAUUUUUGGAUUUUUCCAUAGUGUAGUCAAAGCACUAAAGUGGAACAUCUCUAAGAAAAUAAGACAAACUGAAGCCUCACUUUUUGUGCUUUGCUUGAGGUGAAGAAACACUUCAUGCGCCUAUGGGGUUCGAACAAAAACCAGAUCUUUCUAUAUUUUUUGUACAGUACAAAGUCUUUAGAGACUUUUUCCAGGAUGUAUUUAUGUUUUUCUAUUUGGUUGCAGCACUGUAGUGUACAUAGGUUUUGUAAAGUGUUUCUACUUUAAAUAAGAGCCUGACUAAUAAAAAGGUUCACUGGA